AUGGCUUUCAAGGUUAUUCUCUGUGUGGCCGCAAUGGCGAUCGCCUGCGCCCAGGCCAAGCCCGGCGGACCCGCCGCCUACUCGAUCAGCGCCCCCAGCGUAGACCACGCCUCCGUGGGCAACACACAGGAGCACACGGUGAAGGGACACUACGGCCAGUCCUCACAAUCGGACUACGCCAGCCAGGUGCAGACGGCCCACUCUCAGUCACAUGUUCAGCGCUCGAGCAUCAGCAACGACGCCGGCCUGGCCCCGGCGGCACAUUAUGCAGCUCCCGCGACUCACGCCAUAGCCGCCCCCGCUAUUGGCGCCUCGUACGCCUUGGGAGUGGGGCACACGGCCCCUGCCCAGAUCCAGAGCCUGGCCUACGCAAGUCACGGCUAUGCCGCCGCCCCAACCGUGGCCUACGGCGGCCACUACGGGCCUCAGUACGGUGGCGGCCAUUAUGCAGCCACGGCCCCGGCCCUGCAGCUCUCGGGAGUGGCAGUGGGACACUACGGACACAUCGGACACCUGGGCCUGGGCGCAGGUCUCGGCUAUGGGUAUAGCGGAUAUAACUCCGGUCCGGCCCUGUCGCAUGGCUACGCUCAGGUUGCCGCCGCUCCCGCUCAAGUUGUGAAGUAUGCCGCCACUCCAGCCUACGCUCCUGGCAUUAUUGGACACGGCUACGCCCCCGCUGCGUACGCUGCACCUGCCUACGCUGCACCCGCCUAUGCUACGCACCUGGGUGGCCCAGUGUUGAAAGCCGCCGUAGCCGCACCCGCCCUGGUACACACAUCGGUCUCCGGACACGGCAUUCACUACGGCUACUAGGAAGGUUUCUCCGUGACCUGCACCCUGAACCGGUACCUGUACCAGUACCAGUCCCAGUACCCCCACCAUUGUCACCAUAAGCUCCAGUUCCAGCUCCUGCUUCUGCUCCCUCCGCCCGGACAUGCAUUCGUCCAUCCAGAAAAGCAUGCAACUAACGAACCAACGGAUCCAUCUGUCGCCCCGUCCCUGUCUCUGUCCCUGGCGCAGGCUAAUAAUAAUAAUAAUAGGAACAAUAAUACUCAGAGCGUGUCGCCGGAUCCGGCUCCAACUACGACUCGGGGUCCCGCUGUUCCACUCUUCCAGUACGGCUGUAAAUAAUGCCUUGGUGUAGCUCGACUUAAUUAAAACUCGAUUUGUGCACUGCAGAACGGCAGUGAGCCAGUGAAAAGUGCGGAAGAAUGGGGAACAGUGACCGACCCAGGUGAACUGUGACUGUGACACGCUGCAACGUUGCCGAUUUUCACCGAAAAAUAUGCCGCAAUCCUCUGAAAGAGGGGAUCCCUGGUCCCUGGUUCCUGGCACGCUCCGCGUUUUUUAUUAUUAUUAUUAUGUUGUUUUUAGCUCCAGGGCUUAAGCUCUACGGGGAAAGGACCCCAUCUCCAACUUCAAACACCCCCCAAUGCUGCCCUGUAUACUGUAUGUGUUUUUUUAUCGCGGUUGAAUUCAAGUUGUAUUUAAACUUAUUUUGUAAACUGACACGAA